AUGGCGAAACGGAACAGUGACGGCGACGUGCUCACAAACAGGCUCAGUAUUGGGCUGGCGAAGCACCAGAGCCUGCUGGCAUCGUGGAUGGGCCCUGCUGAAUCAACACCAAACUCAAAUACUGCUGCUUUGACAUCACAAGACGAAAAAGAGGACGACGAUCUGAAUGCAAAUGUCUUUGGGCACGAUAGACUUGGCGUUGGCGGUAUACUCCCCAAGGACAUCGCAGACGGAAGUUUCACGCGCCGCCUCCCAACAUCAAACGACAAACUCCUGGAACAGCUAAUCGGAAAGAAACGAGCAAAAGCACACAUCGCCGCGAAACUAGAAGCAGCGAGACCAAAUGCCAAGCCUCAGAAAUUUGGGAAGCCAGAUCCAGUGAAGAAAGAGGAGAGUGAAGACGAGGAAGAGGGGCGGUCGUCUGCGUUCAAAAGCAGGAGGAGUGGACCCAAAAAGAAGUCGGUGCAAGUAAAAGAGGAGCGGGAUGAAGAGGUCGAGGAUGAGGAGGAGUUACAAGCGAAGGGUAGAAUAGCAGAGGGGAAUGACGGAGAGGCGCAGGAGGAGAGUAUUGCGAGUGCAGAGGUGGUGAAGAAGGAAGACGACUCCGAGGACGAAGCAGCAGGAGCAAGACCAAGAAACGUCAAACGCGACACCAGCAGACAGAAAGCCAAACCCAAAAGCUUUCUAGACGAGAUCCUCGCCGAGCGAUCCAAGAAGAAGCAAAACAAGAGCAAA